AGCUCCCAGUGCAUGCUAGGACUUGCAGUCCCUUCCCUAAAAGCCGAGGGUGGCCGUGAGGUCAUCGGUGGUCGCCCGGAGCCGGCUGCACGUGGUGGGCGGGGGCGGCGUGUGCCUGCUGCCGGCUCCCGGGAGCAGCAGGAGCCGGCCCUCCGCGCCGGGUCUCGGUGCCCUCCCGACAUGCCCGAGGAGGCGGGUUUCCCGCCGGCCAAGAGAUUCCGGCCGGGCUCCGGGCCCCCGAGCCGCGCGGGGUCCUGCCCUCCCGGUAGGCGAGUGGUAAUGCUGCUGACUGCGGGCGGCGGCGGCGGCGGAGGCCGGAGGCAGCAGCCGGCCCUGGCCCAGCCCUCAGCCAGCCCCUACCCUGAAGCGGUGGAGCUGCAGCGCCGGAGUCUGCCCAUCUUCCAGGCGCGCGGGCAGCUGUUAGCCCAGCUCCGAAACCUGGACAGCGCCGUCCUCAUCGGGGAAACUGGUUCUGGCAAAACAACCCAGAUCCCUCAGUACCUCUACGAGGGGGGGAUUAGUCGCCAGGGCAUCAUUGCUGUGACCCAGCCUCGUCGAGUGGCUGCCAUCUCUCUUGCUACUAGAGUCUCAGAUGAGAAGAGAACUGAACUUGGGAAACUGGUUGGCUAUACUGUGCGCUUUGAUGAUGUCACCUCAGAAGACACCAGGAUCAAGUUCCUGACAGAUGGCAUGCUUCUGCGAGAAGCAAUUUCAGACUCCCUGCUUCGGAAGUAUAGCUGUGUCAUUUUGGAUGAAGCCCAUGAACGGACUAUCCACACAGAUGUGCUGUUUGGUGUGGUGAAAGCGGCACAGAAGAGGAGAAAGGAACUGGGGAAGCUGCCCCUCAAAGUGAUUGUGAUGUCGGCUACAAUGGAUGUGGACCUGUUCUCUCAGUAUUUCAAUGGAGCCCCCGUCCUCUACCUAGAGGGUCGGCAGCAUCCAAUCCAGAUUUUUUACACCAAACAGCCUCAGCAUGACUACCUGCAUGCUGCGCUUGUCUCAGUCUUCCAAAUCCACCAGGAAGCCCCUUCUUCUCAGGACAUCCUGGUGUUCCUCACUGGUCAAGAGGAGAUUGAAGCAAUGAGCAAGACUUGCCGAGACAUUGCCAAACACCUCCCAGAUGGCUGCCCUUCCAUGCUGGUUCUUCCUCUGUAUGCCUCCCUGCCCUAUGCUCAGCAGCUCCGCGUCUUCCAGGGAGCCCCAAAGGGUUAUCGCAAAGUGAUCAUUUCAACCAACAUCGCUGAAACCUCCAUAACCAUUACAGGAAUAAAAUAUGUAGUUGACACGGGCAUGGUUAAAGCAAAGAAGUAUAACCCUGACAGUGGCCUGGAGGUGUUAGCUGUGCAGCGGGUGUCAAAGACCCAGGCUUGGCAACGAACAGGGCGGGCUGGCAGAGAGGAAAGCGGCAUCUGUUACCGGCUCUACACAGAAGAUGAGUUUGAGAAGUUUGAGAAGAUGACAGUGCCAGAGAUCCAGAGGUGUAACCUGGCGAGCGUGCUGCUACAGCUUCUAGCAAUGAAAGUCCCAAAUGUGCUCACCUUUGACUUCAUGUCCAAACCAUCCCCAGAUCAUGUGCAGGCAGCCAUUGCCCAACUGGACCUGUUAGGUGCUCUCGAACAUAAGGAUGACCAGCUGACUUUGACUCCAAUUGGAAGAAAGAUGGCAGCUUUUCCUUUAGAACCCAAAUUUGCCAAAACCAUUCUCCUGUCCCCCAAAUUCCACUGUACAGAAGAGAUACUGACCAUUGUCUCCCUGCUGUCGGUGGACAGUGUCCUCUAUAACCCUCCCUCCCGGCGGGAUGAAGUGCAGGGUGUCCGCAAGAAGUUCAUAUCCAGCGAGGGCGACCAUGUUACCUUACUCAACAUGUACCGGACCUUCAAAAACAUAGGCGGGAAUAAGGAUUGGUGCAAAGAGAAUUUUGUCAAUAGCAAGAAUAUGAUGCUAGUAGCUGAAGUCAGAGCACAGUUGAGAGACAUCUGCUUAAAGAUGUCUAUGCCAAUCAUGUCCUCCCGAGGAGACACACAGAAUAUCCGCCGCUGCCUGGCUCACAGCCUCUUCAUGAGCACUGCCGAGCUUCAGCCGGAUGGCACCUAUGCCACCACGGACACCCACCAGCCUGUGGCCAUCCACCCCUCGUCUGUCCUCUUCCACUGCAAGCCGGCUUGCGUAGUGUACACGGAGCUGCUCUACACCAACAAGUGCUACAUGCGAGACCUCUGCGUUGUGGACGCCGAGUGGCUGUACGAGGCUGCCCCCGAGUACUUCAGGAGGAAGCUGAGGACCGCCAGAAGCUGAGCCAGCCCGGGACUGCCAGAACUGUGGGUGCCUGGAUGCUGGGCCGGAGCCCUCCUCCCAGCACACUUCCGAGUCCGCAGCUAGAAAAGAGGCAAGUUAAUGUUGCAGAAUGUGCCAGACUUUGAGGAGCUUGAAAGCACCCUGUCUAAACUGCUAAGGCAGAACUAUGUAAAUUUGUACAUACCAUUCAUACUUUGGAAACUUGGAAUUAUGCUUUUGGUUCUUGGUGGGUGACUUAACUUCUGAGCCUCACUUUCCUUGCCUGCCAAAUAGGGUAAUAAUAAUAAUAAUACUUACAGGGCCAGAGUCAUGUUAGAGAACGUAAAGGAAAGUGCCCAGAGCUAAGCCCUGGCCACGAUAAACUCGGACUGGAUUGUGAGCCGCUGUUGCUCUCUACGUGCUGUGAAUUCAGUGCAGCAAAGGACCCUGGAGAUCUUGUAACUGAGUGGGAGUUUCUGAAAGGGACCACAGUAAGUCAGAAAACUCGAAUGUUGUACUUUGAGCUAUUUUACUGUCUAUCGAUAAGAAGCUUUUAAAUAGAAAUAUAAACAGUUGACUUCUGUAGAAGUUGACUUCAGUAGGGCGGUGCUGUGGUCUCUAACCUCAGGGGCUGCUGGCCCCUCCUGGGCCUCAUCCCCACAGAGUGCCGCCCUGUCUGGCUGCCUCCAAGCAGACACCAGUAAAGGAGGCUCUGAGGACUGAGCUGUCUUCCUCCUCAAUACCACUGUGGCACAUUCCCUUUCUAGGGUUUUCAGGGGCAUAGAAUUUUCCUGGGAGAAGGUUGGACAUGGGAGAUUGACCUUGUGUGUGAUGGCCUCCAGCAUACCUGGUCGCCAUUUUUGUCCAGCACCAGGAGUGACUCAGUCUACCUUUCAGCCAUUCCUCUCCUGGCAGGACCACUGCUCAGGGCAUCCUGCCAGUGAGAACCCAGGCAGCAUUGGCUCCUCUCUCCAGUAAAUGACUCAUGUUAUUCUUGCAGCUUAUAUUUUUCCUACAAUCCCUUUUCCUUCCUUUUAGGAACUUGGGGAUAUUCUGACUUUGCUACCUAGCUGUUCUGGUCACCCCUCUCCAGCCCUCAGUUUCUACAUUUGUCAGAGAAAAUUAGUGUCCCCACCAUCUCUUCCUCCAUCUCAUAUUUUGAAAAGGAAGAGGACAAGGUUCUUAGCUAUUUAAUUAUCAAAAAGUACAUAAUCCUUCCCUAGAGAAUCUUCUGCUCUAGAAAAAGCCACGAUUUGAUCUUUUCAUUGUGUUUAAUUGGUCCAAACACAUGUGUAUAGUAUCUGGUCAUUACUUACAGAACAAAUCAGGCAUUUUACAAAUGGGGGGCCAGGCUGCCUGAAAGCCCCGCUAGGCAGUGGGUGUUCUCACUGUACACCCAGUGAGUUCUCCAAGCCAAAGCACCUCCAACUAAGCUGUCUGUGCUGUUGUAUGCACAGUCUGGCUCCGGCUUCCCAACAAUAGCUGUGGGCUGAGCAGUCAAGCUCUUGCCUGGUGUUCAGGGUGAGUGCUUUGUUUCUGUUAGAAGUUCAGUUAGGCCAAAGAGAAGUAGACAAAUACUAUGUACCCCAUCUUACUGAAUUGUUAGACUUCACCUGACUCUUCCUCAAAUCAGUUUGUUUUUACCAUUGCUAACUUUCUGAAGUUUUUCAGAAAAUUUAAGUAUAUUUUUCUCAUUUACUAAAUAGAGGCCUGCCUGUGAUGUUUAACCUUAGUUGGUAAAAGAAAAUAUUAUACUUUUAAUAAAACAUCAUGCUGGCAAGAAAUGGGGAGCAGGGGCAUGUUUUAUGUUCAGCAAAUUCUCUACCUAGAGACUUUUUCUGGAUCAAGUAAAACUUGGGAAAAAUUUAUGUCCAGUUGAAGUACCUGAACAACUCCAGGAAAUGUGUGUUUUCUGAGCAUGAGUAAAAGGUUAAUAAUUUCUAAUGUAAGUAACUUCUUAGCUUUACUGUUUCUGUACAGAAAUAUGUUUAUCACUAUUACAGAAUGUUUUCUGGUGGAGUUUUAGUACGUUAGUUUUUUUCUAAUUGGGCUUUUUAGAGUUAAUUUUUAACAUAGCUGCUCAGGGAUUAAGUCAGAUUGUAAACCUCAUUGUGACUCCACAUGUUACUACAAAGAAGUAAAUGGUUAUUUUGAGCUUCAGGUAAUCAUAAACUUUAAACUUUCUUGAGAAAGUUGUGUUUCAAAGUGAUGUUGUGAUGUAAUCUUGAGGAACUUUUUCAAUUGGUAAAACCUCUAAAGGUAAAGAUGUGAAAUUCACAUCUGGGUGAAUCAGCGGCUCCCAUGAACAACUUCAUGUCAGUAGCACUCCCAGCUGGCUAUCAUGCGGCAGGUAUUUGUCUUCUAGUAAUUGCGGGGUGAAAGACCCAGAGCAAGGCAGAUUCCAUCACAGGAGGAAAGUUCCUGCACUGAGCCUAGUUAAAACCCUUCUUGUUGCCGCUAUGCUCUGCUGGUCUCAUCUCUGCCAGAUGGAGAUGAGAGUUUGCUCUGAGUAAAAGUGAUGAUGGCUGUGACACAUACAGUUAAUCAAGUGAUUGGGACUGGGGCCAAGCAUGGAGGAUAGGCCUGGAGCAUAUAAGGAAGGCACUAGGCUAAUGGGGAAGCAAGGAUUUAAUUAUAUUUUCUAUGAUCAGAAUAUUACUUGCAGGAAAAGAAAAAGAUCAAGUUAAUAAAUGUUAAAUUUUUAGUCUGUUGAUACUCACAGAGCUCUAUGAAAAAACAUCAGCUCUUGUAUAUAUGUAUAUAUAAUGCUCAGAUUUGCACACGACAAUCAAAACCAUUAAAAAUGAAU